AAUGGCUCGCGGGGCGGUCGGCGCAGCCCCCGGGCAUCCUGCGGCAGUCGCUGUGGCGCUCGGCUGAGGGAGCGCACGGAAGGUCCCUCCCCCUCGCCAUGGCCGCAGCUCCUGCCUCCUUUGCCCCGCCGACUGCGGCUCAGCCCCGAGCCUGAUCCCCGCGAGCACCCGGAGCAUUCCGCAGGAGCUGGGAAGCGGCUGAGAGAAGACCGGAAGAGACCCUCCCCCCCGGACCUGAACUUGACCGGGGGCUGAGGGAUCGCAGGACGUGCAGAAGUUUACCAUGAUAUGGUGAAGCUAAAGACAAGAGCCAAAUCGAUUUUCACAGUUGCUUUCUUUUGAGAGAAGUACAUAAGGCGUCUUAUUCUACUAUGGCUAAGAGUGCAGAAGUUAAGUUGGCAGUGUUUGGCCGAGCAGGUGUGGGGAAAUCAGCCCUGGUAGUAAGAUUUCUGACCAAACGGUUCAUCUGGGAAUACGACCCAACCCUCGAAUCAACUUAUCGGCAUCAAGCAACAAUUGAUGAUGAAGUUCUUUCCGUGGACAUACUAGACACGGCUGGUCAGGAGGAUGCUAUUCAGAGGGAAGGACACGUGAGAUGGGGAGAAGGUUUUGUGCUGGUCUAUGACAUUACUGACCGGGGAAGCUUCGAGGAUGUGCUCCCACUUAAGAACUUGCUGGACGAGAUCAAAAAGCCUAAGAAUGUGACUCUGAUCUUAGUGGGGAACAAAGCUGACCUAGACCAUUCUAGACAAGUUAGUACUGAAGAAGGAGAGAAGCUGGCUACUGACCUGGCCUGUGCAUUUUAUGAGUGUUCAGCUUGUACCGGAGAAGGGAAUAUCACAGAGGUUUUCUAUGAGCUGUGCCGGGAGGUCCGGCGUCGGAAGAUGGUCCAAGGCAAGACAAGAAGGCGAAGCUCUACCACGCAUGUCAAGCAGGCAAUUAACAAGAUGCUCACCAAAAUCAGCAGUUAAAGGGCUGUGUUUCCCAGGGGAUUCAUGCUACAGUAGGGUUGGCUAUUUGAAAAUGCAAACCAAAUGGCCAAAUGGUUGUUUCUCUCUCCUCCAUCCCCCCCCGCCCCUGCCUAUUCGUUCCCCUCUGAAAAAAGAAAAAAGAAGAUACACUAUCAGCUCUUUUGGCAAAGGGGGAGAAAUUCUGUCCCCUAGGCUCAUAUACUUCAUAUAUUACAGUACGAUUAUGCUUAUAAGGUUUUCAGCUUUUCUGUUUGCAUAUGGUACAUUCUGAAGACACCACCUUGUUUUAGGAUAUGGCCAGUACAAAUAGGAUUGGAUAUCUUUCAGAAAUUCACUUCACAUUAAGAUAGUUCUAGGACUGGAAUCUAUCCAAAGGUAUUUCUCCCCUUUCCACAGUAUAAUUUGAUUUCCAUUUCUGGAAUCGGUUCUAUCAGCACCUGAUUGGCUCAAGAUCUUUUUUCCAUGGAUACACUGUAUGAACAGCUAUGUAAUGAUCAAAAUGAAUAAAACAAGAUCUCCCAUGCUAGGUCAGGAACAUUUCUCAGCUCUUUUUUCCUGUUCCCAAAAUAGGGAUACAAUGUACCAUAACUGAAAGCCUAUCAGACUCUUCUUCACUGAUGCACUACCCCCCAAACAACCUUUUUUCCUAUUCUCUUGUCCCCACCUCAUUAAAUUGAAAAUUUAGAGUAAUUGAUAUUAGAAAGUACUCUUCUUCAUGUCCUAAAUUCUCAUCUUUCUACUUUCUUGGAAAUAUGUAGCCAAUUGACAUUCACAGUAGAUGCCAAUUGCCUCAUGGGAAAAACAAAAAUUACCCAGAAUAUGAAGCUAGAGAGAUCGAAGAUUACUAUGCAAAUAAAUUAAUUUUAAAAAUAUAGCAAGUGAUAUCUGGAGUGGCUGUGGGGUUAUACAGCCUGGAAAAUUUGGAACAAUAUAGACAGAAAGUAUAGCUAAUAAAAGUAUUUGGGGACCCAGAAUAUCUAAAAUUCCAAAUGACUCCCAAUUAAACUGAAUCUGAUACAUCUUUCACUUUAAGUAUUUUUAUUUUAGACCUGGUAGGUCAGAAAUCUUGUGAUCACUUAUUUCCAAACUAUAUUAUAUGAAAGAAUUAUAAAGAAUAUAAAACCUUGGAAAUAGUAGUAGUUCCUUGUACAGUAUUACAAGUAAUAUACCAGUAAAGCCAUACUCUGACAUGUACAUUAUCAUCUUAACUGUGGCUUCUCAAAGCUAUUGCCUUCAGAGUGUAAGCUGUCAGGUUCACCCCAGCUAGAGAGAUUUCUAAUACUGGACAGAUGGUGGAUUUUCUCCCACAGUCUCAGUCUAGCUAAAUUCAGAGAAGCCCAUUCUCAAAAGUUGAUGAUUAAUUUUUUGGCUACGGCAGAUCACAAAACCAUAUUUUAAGAUGUAGAGGGGCUGAGAGGCAUUGAAGUAUGCCUGACUAUAUAUAAAAAUGAAUUUUCAAUAGGUAAGGUAGUGAUUAUCUAUGUCUAUAGGAGGAUAAAUGGUUUAGAAGGUAAUUCCAAAAUAACUGGGAAGGAGAAGGGGGAAGAGAGAGAGAGAGAGAGAGAGAUGAAAGAAAGCUAGAGAACUCCUUAUUCACAUAGUUUUCAAUGAUUAUAGUAGAUAACAGAAGUUUGAAACAUCAUCUAAAUGAUCAUUCACUGCCUUGUGACACUAAAAAUAUUUUAAACUUGAACCAUGAAAUUAUUUUAUGUGCAGGUGUAUUUGAAAAUUUUCAAGCAGUGAUCUAUACCUUGAUCUUCAUUUACAAAGAUUUUAGAAAAACCAUCUGAUAAUCUGUGUUUUCAUUUAAGUUGGAGAGGUGCCUUUAAAAAGAAAAGAAAUAAUCCUUAUUUUACUGUAGCUAAUAAAAAUCCCCUUUUCUUUUGAUUAAACUUAAUUUAGAGGCUGUCUUCUGAGAUUCUUAGAGAAGUUGACUAUCCAAAGCAGUAUGGGGAAGUAAUAAAAUCCCCAGGGAAAGCAAUAUGACUCCUUUGGGCAGAAUUUUACUAUCCAUGAAUGGUGAUAUUAAUACCAGAUACUUAAUAUAGUGUUUUAAAGUUUGAAAAAUACUUCACAUAAACUUUUUUAUCUGAGCUUCAAAACAGUCCUUUGAGGCAGGUACCAAAAGUAUUGUUAUCCCCAGUUUCCAGAGAGCAAAACUGUGGCUCAGAUAGGGAUGGUGAUUUGCCAAUGGUCGCAUAGCUAGUUGAGGUUGGAUUGGAGGCCAAGUGUUUCCAUUUCUAAAUCCAGCACUCAACCCCCUGUAGGAAGCUUGUCAUUACCGCCAUUAGCCAAGAUUGAUGAAGACCAUGUCUGGGGAGCAAGCAUGUGACAGAAAUCUAGGCAUUUAUAAAUAAGUGACUUUUCUCAUGUUUUUCUUCUGUGUUUAAAGGUAGGCUGUUGAUGUUAUGCUUGGACUGAUAAUAGAAUAGAAAACUAGGUUACAACUUUUGGAAGUGUUUGCAAUAUGCUUUCAUUCUAAUAUUUCAUUGACUCAAAAGGAAGUCAGAAAACACCAAAGAGUCAAAAGAGCAAGACUAAGGAUGAUGCUAAACAUCUUCCCUCUCUACAGGGCACACGCAUAUAUUUCUUUUAAAACUAAACCUGUGAUUUCAUUGGUAUAAGGAGCUUUCUCUCUCAGUGAAAUAGGCACUUUCUCUGCAACUUCUGGUCUGAGAAAAGUUGCCUGGGUCACCAAGAGGUUAAAUGACAUAACGAGACAGUCUGUGUGGGGCAGAGGCGGACUUGACCUCAGAUCUCCUGACUCCAGCCCAGUUCCUGCUACCCAUCAGUCCACACUGCCUUUCAAGAACACACAAAUAAAUACAGAGUCAGAAUUUGUUGUUUUCAAUUCUGAAGUAGUGUGGUUCCUGUUGCUGACACUUUCCCCUUUUGAUCUACCCCUGCUCAUUUGUUUCACGGUUUGCUUGUGGCAGAUUGGAUUUAAUUUAGCACACAUCAUUUUGUUGUUGUUGUUUUUAAUCCCAGCAGUUUAUAAGUUUCUGCAAGACACUUUGCCUGUAAGGGAUACAAGGUAGUGCAGAUAUUUUAUGGAAACCUGAACAGAAUGGUAUAGAGGAAAAGUGUGGUCUUACUUUUCCUCAGAAUAUUUUAGUAAGCACUUAAUGCUCAGGCCUCUUUGUUUCCUUGCUGCUAUCUACCUGUAGAAUAUUUUUCAUGCUCAUUAGAAUCUCCACAAUAUAGAUGGGAGAAGUGUGAGAACAAAGGAGAUAAUAUUUUAGCAUUUUUUUGAUAGCCCUAGUAAGUGACUAGUUGAAGAAGAGGAAGAAUCUCUUGGCUAAAAUAAGGUUUGGGAGUGAUAGUGGACCACAUGAGCCAUCCUGUGAUACAGAAAAUUAUUAGAUACAUGUUAUAAAAAUAUAUAAGAUUUCACAAUGGGGUUUGUUUAUUAUUUCUUGGUUAAUCAAAUAAAAACCAGGUACUUUAAGCAUAAAAAAAAUUUCCAUUUCAUUGCAAUUGGAAAUUGAUGUGAAAUGAAUUGAUAUGCCAUAUCAAUUCACAUAUCACAUAUCAUAUUCUAUUACUGAAACUACAAAGCUCUAACAGUGGUAUGCACUAAUUUGUCAGCAAACAUGGAAGAACGUCUAUUUCUUCCAGAGUAGAGGAACUCCUAAAGCUGUCAAGCUGGCAAUGUCAGCAUUAAUUUAAUUAAACGUCAAUUUAAAAUAGUGGUAAGAAAUCUUCACAGAGCUCUGGCUGGGAUUCAGAAUUUCCUAUAGUCAGCUCAUUCAUUCAUGGUAGUGAGGUCCAUUUGGAUGAAUAGCAUCCACAGAUAAAUUUGAAACUUCAUUUGAUCCAGUAAUGUUACACCUAUACACACCCUUACAGACUCACCAGAAUUGGGGGGAGGGUGGGGAGAGGAAGGCAAAGAACAAAAUUGUCUAAUUUUUCCCUCUUGCUUUUUCCUGAUUUUUCACAUUUGGUGAAAGUGGCAAAAGAAGGUAAAGUCCCAAAAGAGGGAUGAGAGGAGGAGGAGAAAGAAGGGGGUAGCAGCAGGGAAGAGGGGAAGCCAAAGUACUGGAUAUGCAACAGCUUUAAUCAAAGAGCAUUUAUUAAGCUUUUGCUGUGUGCCAGAUACUACGCUAUUUGCUGGGGAUUCAAAUACAAGAAAAGGAACAAUCCCCACUCUCAAAGAAUUUAAUAAUCAAUGCAUGAAUAAUUGGGAGUUAGCUAUAUCACUCAGUCCAGUACUGUACAUAUGUUAACCUAUACUCUCAAAGUAAGAGAUGAGAGGGAUGUGUGUUUAAAAAUUCAUUAGGUUAAUUACUCUUUUGCUGAAAUAAAUGAGUCAUUUCUCCCUGUCAUACCCCCAAAUCUAAAAAUUCUGGCACUUUAUUUUAGAGGAAAAUGUCCAUAUCCUUUACAUAUAUGUGUUUAUGUAUAUAUUUACAUAUAUGUGUGUAUAUAUACACACGUAUAUAUAAAUGCAUAGAUAUAUGUAUAAACCAUUUGUAAGGUUGAAGCUUUGAUUCACCAAUGCAUUUUGAAAAUUUGGUGUAAUUAACUUAUUUCAUUUGAAAUACUGAGAUUAUAAUAAAACAUCAUUUUCACACA